GCUGUUGGGCACACUGAGCCUUUGAGUGGGCAGGCCGGACUCCAACAUCAAGCAGGAGCCCAGGUUUAGUGGUUGAUGGCAGGCCUGUGGGCCAACUGUGGACUGGGACAGCUAGUCUCUUGUCCAUUUUUGUAUUUGUUUGGUUCUGGGGAUAAACCCAGGGCCUUACACAUACUAAACACAUGUUCUACCACUGAGCUAAACCCCUAGCACCUAGUACCCAUUUAUCUAAUUCCAUCCCAUCCCUCAGCCCAGGCUGUCAGUGUUGCCUGGUGUCUCUUUAUCGGGAACUGGAAGAUCAGUAUCCCUGAUCCUGACCCUGGACUACUGGCUCUGGGCAGGUGCUGGAAGUGGUAGGAGUAUAUAGAUGGCCUGUGUCAUAGGACCUUGAACCUCCCCUUGUGGGCUGUGGCUGGUGUCUUGCUGUGUGCCACUCAGGACGUGAGUGGCCAGAGAUCUAGGGAGUGCUUUUCUCUGGUCAUGAAAUGUGGCCUCCAACCAGUCAUUUCCUGGCUUCCACAGUCUCACCUACAAGAUAGGCUCCUGAGGCACAUGCUGAGGAUUGGGCCAGCCCUCGGGGAAAGGGAUUCUGUCAGAGGGCCUGGAGCUACGGGCUUAGAGGUGUGUGCACCAGUGAAUGAGGGAAGUCAGGCUCCCGGGGAAGCAGGUGCUGGGGUCCACAAGGAUGGUAAGUGGCAUGGCCUUGAUGGGCCCUGGGGGGAAGCAGUAAGUGAAGGUACCUCUCCCCCACCCUUCCUGCUACAGGUUGGCUUCCUGAAGAUCCUGCAUAGGUAUGAGAUUACCUUCACUCUGCCCCCAGUGCGCAGGCUGAGCAAGGACAUCCGUGAGGCACCUGUCCCUAGUCUACACCUCAAGCUCCUCAGCGUCAUGCCUGUCCCUGAAGGUUAUAGCAUCAAGUGCGAGUACUCUGCGCACAAGGAGGGUGUACUCAAAGAGGAGAUGCUACUGGCCUGUGAGGGAGGCACAGGUGCCUUUGUGCGUGUAAUGGUACAGGCACGAGUCAUGGACCGGCACCACGGUACGCCCAUGCUGCUGGACGGUGUUAAGUGUGUGGGUGCAGAGCUGGAGUACGACUCUGAGCACAGCGACUGGCACGGCUUCGACUGAGGCACGCAGCCCAGAUGGCCCACCUUUGUA